GGGGGGGUGCUGAGCCCCUCCCCCUGUGCCAGUGUCCCCUCCGUUUGGGGUGACCUUGAGGUGACCGUCUGCUCCCCCAGGUACGUGCAGAGCCUGCUGGACAUCAUGGAGUUCCUCGACAAGGACCCCGAGGACCAGGCCACGCUGGGGCAGGUAUUUUGGGGUCACCAUGGCCGACAUGGGACCAUCUUGGGGUGCAUGGGGUGGGGGUUCAGAGAUGCGUGGGGACGGCACGGUGACCUGGGGAGACGUGGCACAGCGGUGGCACACGGACACAGCUGCGUGCACACGGUGCCACCCGUGGUUCCGGGGGGCGGUUUGGGCACUGACCCCAUUGCCCGUGCCCCACAGGCCGGCUUCGGGUACGGCCUGCCCAUCUCCCGCCUGUACGCCAAGUACUUCCAGGGGGACCUGCAGCUCUUCUCCAUGGAGGGCUUCGGCACCGACGCCGUCAUCUACCUGAAGGCGCUCUCGACGGACUCGGUGGAGCGGCUGCCGGUGUACAACAAGUCGGCGUGGCGGCACUACCAGGCCAGCCAGGAGGCGGGGGACUGGAGCGUGCCCAGCACCGAACCCAAGAACACCUCCACCUACCGCGUGCCGUAGGGCGGGGGGCACCGCCGGGACCCCCACCGUGGUGGCACUUGGGUACGGGAGCAGGGGGCGGCGCUGGGGUCCCCCACUCGGGUGUUACGGGUGGGAAGGGGAAGCCCUUCUUGCCCCCAACCCACCAGCCUCGGUGCCCGCCCCAUAGCGGGCACUGCCCCAUGGGCAGCG